AUGAGACGACAGGGGCGUCAAAGCACCCUUCAAAUCCGAGCAUUCACCUCUCGAAACAGACUCUACUCUGCUUCGACUCUGACUGUCAACCAGCAGAGACUUUGGGACACUCUUCAUCACACCGCACAAUGGGGUGCCACGCCCGAAGGAGGUGUUCGGCGCCUGACUCUCACACCCGAAGACAAGGCCGUGCGCGACUGGUUCGUCGACACGGUGCAGCAGUACGGGGCGACGGUCAAGAUCGACGAGAUGGGGAAUCUCUUCGCCAUCCGACCGGGCCAGAACAACGACAUCGCCCCCAUCGGCAUCGGAUCCCAUCUGGACACACAGCCCGCGGGCGGCCGGUAUGAUGGGAUUCUGGGUGUCCAGGCCGGGGUCGAGAUCCUGAAGGUGUUGCAUGAGAACGACUACACCACCUACGCCCCGAUCGCCGUGAUUGACUGGACGAACGAGGAGGGUGCCCGGUUCAAUACGGGCAUGUUAUCCAGCGCCGUAUGGGCGGGCAAUGCCUCGUUAGAGGACGCGUACAACCAUAUCGACGCCGACGGCCUGCGUUUCCAAGACGAGCUCGCGAAAAUCGGAUAUCUGGGCCCCGUCAAGGCCACUCACACGGCCAACCCGCUCUCCGCCCAUUUCGAAUACCACAUCGAACAGGGACCCGUGUUGGAAGAAGAUUCCAAGUCCGUGGGCGUUGUGACCGGGGUCCAGGGAAUGAUGUGGCUCAUCGUGACGGUGAACGGGCGGUGCCAGCACUGCGGCACCACGCCGAUCGAUCGACGCGCCGACGCGCUGCUCGCGGCCGCACAGAUGAUUUCACGCAUCAACACCGUCGCGUGGGAGAACCAGGGCCUGACCACCGUCGGGGUCAUCAACUCGGAACCGCAGUCUCCCGGCACGAUCCCGGGGACUGUCACGUUCAGCGUCGACAUCGAGCACCUCUCCAACAACACGCUGGACCAGAUGGCCCAGACCGUGCGAGACUUGUGUGCAUCCAUUGCGGAAAGCAACAGCUGCACCGUCAACAUCAAGCAGAUCUGGAGGAGUGCCGCCGUGGAGUUCCACCAGGACUGCAUCGACGCCGUGCGGUCGGCGGCCAUCGAGCUCGUGGGUGAGCAUGGCUACCGAGAACUCCCGGCCGGAGCGGGCCACGACAGCGUCAACACGUCGUACAUCUGCCCGACGUCGAUGGUGUUUAUUCCGUCCAAGAAUGGGAUAUCGCACCACCCGAGCGAGUAUUCCACGCCUGAACACUGUGCACUGGGCACGCAGGUGUUGUUGAAUGCCGUACUGCGAUACGACCAGGGUCUCAAGGCGCGAGGAGAGUCUGGUUCUAGAUAA